AUGGAGAUCGAUAAACUACUAUUCGCGGAAGUGAACUCUCUCUCAUGCGCGGUUGGCGCGUUAGUCCUCGUACUUCUUGGUCUAGGUUUUCAUUUUGCUCGGAGGAAAGUAAUAUUGAAUUCCUGGGCUGCACCUGUCGCGGUCGAAACGCACCCCUGGGCGCUUCAGUUUCCUCCUUCUCGGCGACACACUCUGGCCGGCCUGAAGCUGAAGAGCUCUGCCGGCCCUUAUGAUAGCGUCCCUCACGAAGUUCUUCGUCAACGCGCGAUACCUUCAGCUCGUAAGGCAGAUUGGGAUCAAGAUAAUCUCUACACGCCCACUGGAUUCUCAAUGCAGGACAUUCGAGCCCUCGGAAGAUUCCCAGACUACUCGGUUCUUACGGGAGUGCGGUAUCCCAAACCGUAUGGCGCACAUUUUGAUAUCAGCAAGGCUACAUUUAGACCGUUCCGACCAUUCAGGUGGAACUAUCAUCAAACUAUGGCCCAUUACAAAUUUGACCCAGACUGGUGGGUUGAGCUGGAACAUAGCUACGUCUCGGUCAUGGAGCAAAGAAAACAACUGAAAGAGAAGCAUGGUGACCUCUUAUUCUUUUCUGACCCGGGAUCAGAAUUGGCCUGUCGUGAACUAAUGGAAUUACUGGUCCAAUUCAUCUGCAAGCGGUAUCCUCAGUACUUCAGCCUCGAGACCAACAACACCGUUCUGCAGAAUCGUCUCCUCGAUACGACGACUGAUCUUAUCAAUACCCCGCCUUUGGAAGUAAUCUAUCAAAACAUACCAGAAGAUUACGCCAUGGUAUUUCGCAAUGAACACGAUGGCUUUUAUUAUCUACGGGCGGCCAUGGUAUGCUCCUCUGUUGGCUGGGACAUUGGAAUGCACCGUGGCAAGCCUCUGCGGCGCAUUCACGACGGCGUUCCCGACUACGCCGAGAAAAUGGCGUUCAGCAUGGAUCGUUUCUUCGCCAAAAUGGCCGUCGACCAGCCCAUCCAGCGGUGCAGCUGGAGUUUGGAGGACCAUGCUCCGCUCUUCAGUAGCCCGCGCAUGGAGGGGAACAAGUCCUGGGAGCGUAGCAGGUUUGCUGACUGUAAAGAAGAUCUGACCAUCGAACACGUGAAGUUGAGAUGCGACUAUCAGACCUUGCGAAGGUUGCCUCUCAGCGGAGCGAUCGUGUUCAAUUUCAAGGCUGUUUUUUCUCCAAUCACAGAGCUCAGAGAUGAGCCAUUUGUACCGGCUUUAUUACUCAGAGUGUUGCAAGAAGGUAAGAAGAGUCUGAUUGACUACAAGACUUUAGACCACAUCAAAGAUGUGACUACCGAGGCUUGCAAGCAGUGGGCACAGGAGCAGGUUGAGAAAGGUAUAGUCCCAAAGGACUGGGAGGUUCGAACCUUGGACGAGAGCCCUUUUUUCCCUGGAUGGGAAGAAAAGUGGCGUAAUCAGCAGGGCUUCUAG